GGAGAGAGCAAGAGAAAGACAGAGGAAAAGAGGUAAAGAGAAUAAAUACACUGGUUGAAUUGCUGGGAAGCUUUAGGACCAAUAAUCAGGGCUCUCGGACGAACUGCUCCUGUGAACAUCCUGCUUUCUUUAGAAGGAGACUGUGGCUUGGUGCUGCUGAGAUACAUAUUUUUUUAAACCCUCCUCAUAGUUUGAUAGGCAUUCCCAAUGCUUUUUGUGCAUGUCUCUAAAAAGCGUUGACGUGGAAAGAAGCAGCAGCAGUAGCAGUAGCAGCAGCAGCAGAGAGGAAAAAACUGCAGCUCUUCUAAAAAUACUGAGGGCAUGCAGGAGUGUGAGCAGGCUGGGGAGGAGGAGGAGGGUGUGAGAGUGCCUCACACCAUGUUUUCUGGAUGCCAGCUGGGUGCAGUUUUGGAAAUGUUCCUCCUGUGAAUGGAGGCACCAUGAACAUUUGGGAAGUGAUCCUGGCUUUCUUGAUUGUGGUACUCAUCCUUGUCUCACUGCUGUCCAACGUGCUGGUGCUGAUCUGCUUUCUGUACAGCGCAGAUAUCCGCAAGCAAGUCCCAGGAUUGUUUAUCCUCAACCUGACCUUCUGCAACUUGUUGAUGACUGUUUUGAACAUGCCCCUGACCCUGGCUGGGAUCAUUUACAAGAAGCCGCCUGGAGGAGACCAGCUCUGCCACAUCGUGGGUUUUUUAGAGACUUUCUUGACCACCAGCUCCAUGCUGAGCAUGGCAGCUCUAAGCAUAGACAGGUGGAUAGCGGUGGUGUUUCCUCUCAACUACCAUUCCAAGAUGCGCUACAAAGAUGCUGCUCUCAUACUGAGCUAUACAUGGUUGCAUUCAGUGUCUUUUCCUAUAGUGGCAACUUCUCUUUCUUGGGUGGGUUUCCAUCACCUUUAUGCCUCCUGCACCCUCUACAACAAGAAACUGGAGGACAGGACACAGUUUGUGGUUUUCACAGGGGUCUUUCAUUCUCUCAGCUUCCUCCUCUCCCUCGUAGUCUUGUGUUUCACAUAUCUAAAAGUGCUGAAGGUGGCACGCUUUCACUGUAAAAGGAUUGACGUGAUCACUAUGCAGACCCUCGUGCUGCUGGUGGACAUCCAUCCCAGCGUAAGAGAGCGAUGCCUAGAAGAACAGAAGAGGCGGAGACAACGAGCAACCAAGAAGAUCAGUACAUUUAUUGGCACUUUUAUACUCUGUUUUGCGCCAUAUGUAAUCACGAGACUGGUAGAAUUAUCAUCCAUAGUCCCCAUCAACGCACACUGGGGAGUUAUUUCCAAGUGUCUGGCUUAUAGCAAAGCUGUUUCAGAUCCCUUUGUGUACUGUUUGUUACGACACCAGUACAAGAAGACAUGGAAGGACAUAAUAAACAAGAUGCUGAAAAGGAGCUCAAUAAAUUCAUCAGCCCUCACAAGUGAAUCACAGAGUCGAAACAUUUUGCAAGCAACUGAUUGAAGGAGCUGAGGUUAAACUAUUUAUUCAAUGUAGCCUAAUGCUGGAACAGUCGAGGAACAAUAGCUGGUGCCAUUAGGAUGAUCAGCUGACAAUAUUUUGGAAAGCCUGCCUUUUAAGUCUUCAGCAACUUAGGUAACGAAUUUCAUAGCAAAGUUGGCUGCCUUUUAGUACUGAUAUCUUUAGUACUGAUAGUAUCUUGUUUGCAAAGAUCCCCACCAAUUUCACAAAAUGUGUGGAAAAAGCAACAUUCUAACCUCAAGGGGGUUUAGAUAUGGAUAAUGAUAAGAGAUUAUGUUUACAUAUUUCCCCACCCACCACCACCCAAACAAACAAAAAACUGGAUAAUAUUUGUGCCAGUUUUGAUGUGUGGCAGCAAAUUGAUAUCUGUGACCAUGCCAACUAUGUGAUCAGGUGAAGACAAUCACUCCUAGUUUUUCCUGAGAUUGCCCCUACUUAGUCACACAUACCUAAUUACACAUAAACCUGUUAAGAUAAAACUCUUAGGCUGCAAUCCUAUACACACUUACCUGGGAGUAAGUCCCACUGAACAUAAUAGGAUUUAUUUCCGAGUAGUGAUACAUAGGAUUGCAAUGUUGGUGUUUCAUCCACACCCUCUAGGUUUGCACUGGUUUUCUAUGUGCAGAAGGAAACUACUCUUGAGCCAUGGCUGCGUUUACAUUUGUCAAACAACGCUCUUGCCUGUGGUAGGCUGCAGAACAAUUGCUUUCAUACAUCAAAAGAGACACAGCUGGGGGACUCUUAAUUUCAGCUACUGAUUGCACUGCUUCCAGUCUGCAGACUUAUGGGUCUUGGUGACCCACCAUUCAAAUGGUUGACCACCAAUAGAUUAGAUGAUAUAGUCCAUAGUCUGCAUCUGUUUGGGGGGAAAUGGGAUAUACUUGCAGAAGGAGUACAAGUCUUUCCACAAGACACUUCUGAUCCUCCUCAGUUGUGUGUUAACAAAAUAUAACAAAACAGUAGGAAGCUGUGUCUCAUUUUGCCCAAAAUGUUUCCAUGUUGUAAUGGUUUUCUGACUGUGAAAAUACCUAAAGUGUUGUUGCAUUUAAAGUGUCAGUGUCUAAUGUCCGCAGUGCUCUGGCUUGCGUAGGCUGCUGGCAGUCUAGAAUGUAAUGCUCUUCACAAUGCAAUAGCUAACUUUGUUUUCUGUCUGAUUGUGACGCCCUGGUUGGUCGCUUCAAGAACGUGUACAGAAAUGUUGCAUAGGUUUCCUUAAUCAAUGCUCAGAACUAGAUAUAAGUGUUUGCACAGAUGCCAUAAGGAUAGGAUUAGCUAAAUCUAUUUUUUUUAAAGGAAGAAAGACUUACGUAAGAAGUUUGUUUGUUUGUUUGUUUAAAAAUGCUUGUUAUAAAAAUAAUAAGUAUGACACUUAUAGCCAAAUUUAUUUUUUUGAAAAAUCUCUGGAAAUAUUUUGUUUCCAGUGAACGCAGUACUCCAAAACUAAAGAAUGCUGGGAAUUACUUUUCUAAAAGUUAGUUUCUAAAAUAGAAACUCAGUUUCGAGAAAUGCAGAAGGAAAAGGGACAAUUUAGGCAUCAGCCCCAUCUUCUCUUUCCUCUUGUGCAUAGUUUGCUUUUAGUGUGAGAAUCCCCUUAAUUACUGAUCCCACUCCUGUACACAUAUUGCUGUGUGUACCCAGUGGUGUGUAUAAAGAAGGGGCUGGGUCAGGCCUCAGAUGAAAUAAAAACACUACGCCUAAAAAAAAAGCCUCUGUUUACCUUCUAUGCCUUCUGUAACCAUGAUGGACAAUUUAAUUUAAAGCAAGCAAAUAACCCUAUAACAAUGCUAUAGGAUUUGUAAGAGAGUUUCCCUUCCAUUUUCUAGUUCUGCUGUUUUUGUUUAGUACCCAUAUUUCCUAUUGAUUUUUUCAAGCAUUAGCGUACAAGGGACUUCUCUGUCAAAGAUGCAUAGGCUAUUUGCCUUUAUGCUUUGUGCUGAGUUGGAAGGAAGAAAAUCAUUUUCUCUUAGAAUUAGACAAACGGCAGUUGUGUGGGCUAUUUUUUCUUAAUCCAUAAUUGAUUUCCAGGGAGAUGCUAAGUAUAUUCUUCAGUGGCAUUGUGGGUG